AUGUCUGAAGGUCGGAAAAAGUCUCGACGUCGUCGUUCAUCCGACGACCUUCCCGAGUUAACCCCAAUUGAAAAGUCCAUUGCAAAGUACCUUCGGUUCCAAUGUCCGACGAAAAAGGGUGUUCUGAUGGGUAUGCAAGUUGUCUAUUUCACUGGAUCGAAAGCAGUUGAGUGUUUAACUGAAUCAAAAUGGUCAUCAAUAAGCACAAAAGCUACAAACAAUGGAAAAUCUCCUAUUUGUUUUUCCUCUAAACACGACGCUGUUCAAAUGCUUCGAAAGUUCUUGGAUCAUGAAAUGUGUCGUCGCGUUACUAAGGUCUACAAAGAUGCGAAUGUCGGAUCUGAGAUUAAGGAAGACACAUCGCAAUCCAAUACACCUCGUGCCAUACGUCGACGCAAAACUAAACAAAACGAGAAUGCUUCCUCAUCCGUUACUGAAUCACCAGUAAAUGAUGAUGAAUUGAAAGAGAAACUAAAAAAGAAGAAGUUCAAAUUUGAAUUACACGGCGAUCAAGUCUUUGUCGAUUCACCGAACGAUUUCUUUGUCUGGACUUAUUCACCGACUACAAUUAAGCAGUACAUCAUUGGCGGAUUGUUAGUUAUUGGCUGCAUUGGGGUCUGUCUUUUUCCACUAUGGCCAUCACAAGUUCGAACAGGAGUUUAUUACCUGUCGAUUACCCUAGCGAGCUUACUCGGAGCAUUACUCUCGUUGGCAGUUCUUAAAUAUAUUAUCUUUGCUUUAAUUUGGUUAGUAACUAUGGGUAAUAUACGAUUCUGGUUCUUGCCGAAUUUAACGGAGGAUGUGGGCUUUUUUGAAUCGUUUGUCCCAUUUUAUGUAAUCAAUGCUCCAGCGAAAGAGAAGAAGACGAAAGAAAUUUCAAAUGAAAAUGAACAAGCAGAUGAAGAAAGAAAUCUUCCUGAACAAGCUGUUGAUUCAGAAGAAGAAACUAAACGACAGCGAUUAGCAGAUGAUGGGUUUGAAGUCUUGUCAAAAGAAGAAUUAGAAACAAAAUAG